CCUGCUCCACGGGACUGCUCUGUGUUGUCCCAGGCUGGGAGCAAAGGGGCGGCUCAGAAUCGGAUCAUUCCUCCCAGAUACGUGGGGAUUCGGUGGACGGGGCAGGAGGAGGCUGAAUGAAUUCCGCGGGCAUGUAAGAAAGACCUGGAAGGUGUGCACGCCCCGGUCCGAAGUGCCCUGCCUCUCCCACAGGGCCUGGGUCAGGAAGGAGCUAUUUUCUCCACAAACACAGUUGGUGUCUGCUGGCUGCUGACCGAGAGUGGGCAGUGUCGGCACGGAAUUUCAAGGCUAUGUUUGGGACGGUUUGACUUGAAACCUUGGCCACGUGGAGCAGAGCACAUUCUGUCCCGGGUAGGGGCAGAAGCCGCGUCCGUGCAGUCGGCACCAGACCUGCGUCCCUGGGCAGGGCAGCCGACCUCCAGCGGCUCGGAGCCGCCCCCUUCUUUGGGGAGCUCCCUUGGUCAUCAGGACCCCCGCCACAUGGGAAGUUAGGUGCUCCCUACAGCCAGUGGCCGUUGGGGGCACGAAUGCGGGGCCAGGGCCGAGGUGACGGCAUGCCAGCUGCCCCCGCGGAGACAGCUGAGAGCACAUCCUUCUCUUUCCUGCCCCCAGUACGCCUGCCCCCAAUCCCAGGAAGUGGAGACGGCCACCCUGGAGAGCGGAUGAACUGUGUGGGCCCGAGCCAGGGGUCCCCCCAAAAUGCAAAUUUGGGGUGGACGGCAAGCCCAGGUGGACAGUCCUCAGGCCGGACGGCCAGGCAGCAGACAGGAGGUGGACACUGGCAACGCGGGGGAGCUGGGGCACCCGAGGGCCCAGGACCGCCUGGACGGGGCAGCGUCCGUUCCUCAACGUGUUUUUCCUUUUCCGCUCGCGGCUCCCCUCUGCUUUGCCCAUGGCUGCGCCGCGAGCUGCCCUUUCUCACGGCAAAGGCACAGAGCUGCAGACGGAUUUCUCCUCGCUUCCGAUCGUCCGGUUUUGAUCUUUAUCACAGAACGGCCCGUCUGACGGGCUGCGACGAGGCUGCCGAUGAAGCGUUUGUCAGCACAUCCCGCCGCGUCUGCAGGGGUGAGGCGCUGAGCUCCCACGACUGACUUCCCUCCAGCUCCCGCUCCCCGUGUGGCCGAUGGAAAGAGCAGGGUGGCGUCGGGAGCUCCGGCAGGCCCACCCAGCCCAGAACCUGCAAGGGCCAGUGGGGCUGGGCUCCAGCCCGGAGUAGCACUG